AUGGAUGACGACCGACCGACCUUGACCGACCACGAGACAGACUGCCCCGCCAAACUGUGCGCGCCCAGGAAGGGUGCUGUCUGCGGCUACGACCUGCACGUACAGCAAUUCAAGUGCUGCUGCGAGACGACGGUGGAGCAGCCGGUGCUAGCUUCAAAGUCGAGCCGGUCGCCGUUGCCAGCGGACUGCGGCAACGGCGGCGCCAGCAGCAUCUUCACCAAAAUCGCCAACGGGCGGCCGGUCGGGCGCGGUGCCUGGCCGUGGGCGGCCGUGCUGGGCCAGAAACAGUCCAACGGUAGCGUGCACUGGCUAUGCGGUGGAGCGCUGAUCGGCGCGCGUCACGUGCUAACGAGCGCCCACUGUCUGGCGGACUCGCCCGACCAACUACUGGUGAGGCUCGGGGAGCAUGACCUGGACGCGGCCGAAGACGCCGAGCACCAGGACCGCGGCGUGCGCCGUGCAGUGCGCCACCCAGACUACAUGCGCAGCCGCAACGACCUGGCGCUGCUGGAGCUGGAUAGCCCGGCGGAGCUGGGCGACACCGUGGCGCCCGUCUGCCUGCCGGAGCCGACGGCGACGCUGGCCAGCCGUGACGGCUGGGCGGUCGGCUGGGGUGAGGUGAACUACCGGGAGGCAAGAACUAGCGUGCUGCAGGAAGCAUUCGUGACGGUGGUGCCCGUCGAGGAAUGCGAGGCGACGUACCGCCAGACGCCGCAGUACAGCUUGCGGUUCCCGGGCGGCUUCGGCGGCGGCGUGCUGUGCGCGGCGGACUACUCCGGUCAGGGCAUGGACGCGUGCCGCGGCGACUCGGGCGGGCCGCUCUCGGUGCUGGGGCCCGACGGACGCUACCAGUUGGCCGGCCUGGUGCUGGAGGGAUUUGGCUGUGGCGGCGCCACCCUCCCCGGCCUGUACACGCGCAUCGCUAACUACGUCGACUGGAUCCGAAGGGAGGUCUCGCGUUAG